AUGUUCAAGGCCUUCCCUCAGACCCUCACAAACAUAGCUAGAGAUUGGUUUUCCACAUUGGAACCCAACUCUAUCGCCUCCUUCUUAGAUUUGGCCGAUAAGUUCUCCGCUUUCUUUGCAAGCAACAAGCGAAUCAGAAAGACAGCUGAAUCACUCAUGCAGAUGUGUCAAGGACCCAAUAAGACACUGCGCAGUUUCAUGACCAAGUUCAAUAAAGAAAAGUUUCAGAUCCCCGAUCUAUAUAUCACCGCUGUAGUCUCAGCUUUGACAUAUGUCAUUAAGUGUGAAGCAUUCAAGAUGUCCUUGUCUAAGACCCCGCCGAAGUCAGUCACUAAGCUACUCACACGAACUGAGAAGUACAUCAAUAUGGAAGAAACCAUGGCCCCAAAAAGAGAAGUUUCUUCAUCAGGAAAGUCUGAUCAGAAAAGGUCGUAUGAGUCCAGUCUGAAACAAGAUGUACCUCGGGUCAAGCCAAGGCAGGACCCCUCCUCAACCUCCUUUACCAAUUUGAACACCUCGAGGUCUAACAUUUUGAUGGAGAUCAAGGAUUCGAAGGAACUGAAAUGGCCUCCAAGGUUACGGUCUCCACCCAAUACUCGUGACAAGAGUAAGUACUGUAAUUUCCAUAGAGACCACGGGCAUACAACGGAGGAUUGUUUCUCCUUAAAACGAGAUAUUGAAGCUUUUAUAAAAAAGGGUUUUUUGGGUUCUUAUGUUAGUAAUGACCAGCGCCCAAGGAAUAAUCCGAACAGAGACAAGGGCCCAAAGGGUCGGGAAAACAAGCAGUCUCCAGCCAUCUCAAAAUCAAACCUUGGCUCUACAGAGGACAUCACUUUUGAAACAGGGGACAUGGAAGGCAUAUCAUUCCCUCAUGAUGAUACUCUAGUUAUAUCGGCCAUCAUCACCAACUUUGAAGUCAAGAGAAUUCUGGUGGACAACGAAAGUGCGGCUAAUGUAUUGUCUCAUGAAGCAUUUGUUCAAAUGGGGAUCUCAUCAGAACAGUUCAAGCCAGUCAAAACACCUCUCCAAGGGUUUGGAAGUGGGGUCAUCACCCCAGAAGGUAUCAUUGGGUUGCCUUUAACAUUGGGUCAGAAGUGUUAUGUGACUAGUGUCCGAAGAAUCAAGGGCGACGUCAUACAAGUUACUGAGCUUGAGCCCGAGCACGAGAACCAUGAGAGACUGGCUCUAGUGGAGGGAUUGGAAGAGGUCAAGCUCGAGCCUAGCAAGAAAGUGACAAUCGGACGGGAGUUAGAUACAGCAGUCAUGAUUGAACUACUGAGUUGUCUCUCUCGCAACAUUGAUAUAUUCGCUUGGAAUGUUGAGGACAUGCCUGGAAUUGACCCAAAGGUUGCGGUGUGCAGACUCAAUGUAAAUCCAGGGGCAAGACUUGUAAAGCAAAGGAAAAGACAAUUUGCACCAGAAAGACGAUAA